UGUCUCAGUGUCUCGUUUCAAUCCCAGAAUCCCAUCCAGAACUUUCUAAACGGUAGUAGAACACAGCAGCCAGUCAUGGCAACUGAACCAAGCUUCCCCGACAGCGUCAUAGACGAGGAUCCUAAGAAAGCUUUAGAGGAUCUUACCAGGGCAUUGGAGCAGAAAGCCGAUAGUGCAGAGUGGUACUGUCAGAGAGCUUAUGCUCAUAUUUUAGUAAAGAACUACAGCAAUGCUGUUACAGAUGCAAAGAAAGCCCUGGAGUUUAAACCAAACUGUGCCACAGCAUUUCUGAGAUUAGGAAUUGCUGAGUACCAUUUGAAAAAUUACCAGCCUUCUCGAGAAGCCUUUGAGGAAGGACAGAAGAUAGACGGUUUAGAGGGCAGCUUCAAUGUUUGGAUCAAAAGAUGUGAAGAAAACAUGGAUUUGGGAAAGCACGGGGUGGCACCUGAGAUGGUACCGACAUUGGACCGGAGAGGGUUAACAUUACAUUUUGACAGAAAGACAGCAUCGCAAAAAAUAAAAUACGAUUGGUACCAGACGGAGUCUCAAGUUAUUGUCACAAUUAUGAUCAGGAAUGCACAGAAGGAUGCUGUUAACAUACAGUUUGAAGAUAAAAAGUUGAACACAGCUGUUAAACUAGCAUCUGAAGAUGACUUUAAUCUGAACAUUGAUCUUCUGCACCCCAUUGUUCCCUCACAAUGCACGUUUAAAAUUAUUGCAUCAAAGAUUGAGAUUAAAAUGAAGAAGGCUGAAGCUAUCAGAUGGGAGAAGCUUAUGGGAGAAGCUGUGGCAGAUGUGAAACACUUCACUCCAGACAAGUAUCCUUCCUCUUCACUCCAUACAAGAAAUUGGGACAAACUAGUUGAAGAUAUUAAAGAGGAGGAGAAGAAUGAGAAGCCAGAAGGAGACGCAGCUCUUAACAAACUGUUUCAGCAGAUAUACUCGGAUGGCACUGAUGAAGUCAAACGUGCCAUGAACAAGUCGUUUAUGGAGUCUGGAGGAACUGUUCUGAGCACCAAUUGGACUGAUGUUGGCAAAAGAAAAGUAGAGGUGUGCCCUCCAGAUGAUGCCGAAUAUAAAAAGUUCUAAUGCCAUUCAAGCAGUCUGCUAAUCAGCCACAUUUCUUUAGCUCUGUAUCUCUUUGUUCAUAUUGUUCAUAGAAUGUAAUCUUUGGUUGAAGCACUGACAAUGCACGACUGCUUAUUUUGGCAUGUGUUACAAGUUCUGUAGUUUACAACUUUCCUAAAAAGAUGUGACAAAGGAUUGUGUUUUUUCUUUUUUUUUUUGCUUUGAACACCAAUUUCUAAAC